AUGUGGGGGGGGAUUUGUUAUGAGAGGACACUAUUUGGUUUGCAAAGAGCUUUGGAGAACCGGGUAUCCAAAUACCAAGAUAAAAAGAAAGCAAAGGGAGAAGCUGCAGUUGAAGCAUAUAGUCUUGUUGGAUUUCCAUAUGCAUUCCAGGUUUGGGCAUACGAGGCUAUUCCACUUAUUGGAUUGAAAUAUGCCACUCAUGUAGCUGAGAGCUAUCCUCAAAUAUUAAAUUGGAGUGCAACAAGUGCUCAAAGGUCUACUGAGGUUGAAAAUGUAUUUCUAGAGCCUCAUUUAACUUUUCAUUCGCUUCUAACACCCACUUUAGAGGAGCAACAACAAGACUAUUACAAACAUGUAGAUAAACAAGGAGCUUCAGCAGAAAUGUUGCACCAAUCAAAUGCCUCACAAGAUGCCAAGAAGGAUGACUUAAGGCAUGAAAAAAACUCAUCUGACACUGCUGCAUAUGUUGCUGCUGCUACUUCUGCAAUGGCAGAAGAAACAACAAAUGAUGCAAUCGCCCCAUCAAUAGAGACUGGAAUUUUUGAGGAUGUUACAGAUGAUGAAGUGGAGAGGAAUGACAUUCCCAUGGAUGUGAACAUUGAUAUGGAAGCUUCUAGAAACCUUCAGCUUGCAGAAAAACACAUGACUAAAGAGUUGAAAGAUGACUACUCUAUUGAUGAUCCAGUUAUUGAUAUUGCCAAGUUGUUUGGUACCCCAACUAUAUCGGGCGAGUUUUCAGUAUAUGUCAUACCUCACCAUCUAUCUCCUGCCAUUUUUAAGCGAAGGCGUGAGAUUAAAAAGUCUCAUAUCUUGCAGCACCCUCUUACAGAUCCCACCAAGAGAAAGAAACUAAGAAAAGAGAUUGAGAAACCAUUAACUUCAUUUGAUCCUUUGCGUCCAAUCUCUGAAGAAGCAUUAGAGUCCUUUCAAAAGUGGAUGAGUGAUGACCAAGGCAAAAUGCUCAAGCAAGAUGGAUUAAGCAUGCCUCUUUAUUCUGUCAAAUGGCCUGAUGUUGACAUUGUGUAUGUCCCUAUCAAUGUUCGGGCUAGUCACUGGGUUUUAGGAGUUGUCCAUCUUCAUCGAAGGAUUAUAUACGUAUAUGACUCAUUGAUGGGCAUCAAUAAUAAUGCAAGAUUGCAAGUUGCCAUUAAACCAUUAGCCAAAUUGUUGCCGCAUAUAUUGAAUGCAAUAGCAUAUUAUGGUUUUCAUGGUGACACAAAAGUUAACUACCAGGAAUGGGAAAUUGAACGGCUGCAAGAUAUUCCUCAAUAGGAAAAUGAGUAAGUGAUCUUAAAUUUACUUUCAUAACUUAUACACUUAAUCUUUAAUAAUAGCCCUAACAUUGAUUAUCUGUGUACCAUGCAGUGGUGA